CGCCGCGUCAGGAUGUUGGCGAUCCUCAAGGUCUCUGAGAUUCCGGCUCUUCCCUUAGCGAUCCCGCGGGGCGUGCCUCUGAGGUGAACAGAGUUGUUGUCCCCACGGUGAGCCGGGGCGCCAAGGGUUAACCUACCUGGGCCGCCGCCCCUGCGGCCCCUCCUCCAGCCGCAGGGAAAAAGAAAGUCUCAGCGGGGGCGCGGCCCGGCCUCGUCCCGCCGUCCCCAGUCGCGGCGCCCAGAGCUGUGAUCCGUGCGCCCCGCUCAGCUGCCCUGGACCGGGCGCCAUGUCUCUGUGGAAGAAAACCCUCUACAAGAGUGUAUGCCUGGCUCUGGCCCUCCUUGUGGCUGUCACCGUAUUCCAGCGCAGUGUGACCCCUGGUCAAUUCCUUCAGGAUCCUCUACCACCCACGCUAGGGCCACCCAAAACUGGAAGUCUGGUCAACCCCAACAGCUUCUGGAAGAGUUCAAAGGAUGUAGUGGCUCCCACCCCCACGGUUCCUCGGGGACCCCAGGUCUGGGAUGUGGUUACCACUAACUGCUCUAUCAAUGUCAACCUGACCCAUCAGCCCUGGUUCCAGAAUCUCGAGCCACACUUCCGGCAGUUCCUAGCCUAUCAGCAUUGUCGAUAUUUCCCCAUGUUGCUAAACCACCCGGAGAAGUGUGCCGGCGAUGUCUAUCUGCUUGUGGUUGUCAAGUCAGUCAUCACACAGCAUGACCGCCGAGAGGUCAUUCGUCAGACCUGGGGCCACGAAUGGGAGUCAGCAGGUCCAGACAGGGGGGCCGUGCGGACUCUCUUCCUGCUCGGCACAGCCUCCAAGCAAGAGGAGCGAACCCACUAUCAGCAGCUGCUGGCCUAUGAGGACCGUCUCUAUGGCGACAUCCUACAGUGGGACUUCCUUGACAGCUUCUUCAACCUGACUCUCAAGGAGAUCCACUUCCUCAAGUGGCUUGACAUUUACUGUCCCAAUGUCCCCUUCAUUUUCAAAGGUGAUGAUGAUGUCUUUGUCAACCCCACCAACCUGCUCGAGUUUCUGUCUGACCGGCAGCCCCAGGAAAACCUAUUCGUAGGUGAUGUUCUGAAACAUGCUCGACCCAUCCGCAAAAAAGAUAACAAAUACUACAUCCCCGCCGUCAUGUACAGCAAGGCCACCUACCCACCCUAUGCCGGCGGCGGGGGUUUCCUCAUGUCUGGCAGCCUGGCUCGGCAACUCCACCACGCCUGUGACACACUGGAACUCUUCCCUAUUGAUGACGUCUUCCUGGGCAUGUGCUUGGAGGUGCUGGGAGUGAAGCCCACAGGCCACGAGGGCUUCAAGACCUUCGGUAUCUCUCGGGUCCGAGGCAGCCGAAUGAACAAGGAGCCAUGCUUCUACCGAUCCAUGCUCGUGGUUCACAAGCUGCUGCCUGCCGAGCUGCUGGCCAUGUGGGAUCUGGUACAUAGCAAUCUUACCUGUUCUCUCAAGUUCCAGGUGCUCUAAUGUUGCUGGGCCACCAGUGCCCAAGUCCUCAAGUCCUUGGGGCCUGGGGACUGGAGAUACAGUGCACGGCAUAGUCUUUGGACCCUUGCAGGAGGUGAAGGGUUUGGGCCCUUUGUGCCCCUGGGUGUGGGGGGUACAGAGAGCCAGAGAGGAACUCCCAGAAAUUCCCAGAAAGAGACCCAGGAAUAGCAGAACUCCCCUGACUGGAGGUCAUCUGAGGACCUGGAGCUCUUCUAGUCCGCUAGGAGGCCCUGGUGGCCUCUAAAGGAACAUUUGCUCAGGUACCUGAGUGAGACCUGAUCCCAGUGGGUCUGUGGCUGCCCCUUGUCCUCACAGGGCAGUCUCUUUCCUGUCAAAUGCCUGACUCCCUGAGGGCCAGGCAGCCUUUGUGGGAGAUCAUUCCUGUGCAGGUCCACAGGUGUCCCCUGGUCCACAUUCCUGGAUCUCCUAAGAGAGGAGCUCCACAGGCUCUCAGCACAGCCCCAGGCUUGCCUGGGGUCAGCUGCUGAGGCACGGCUCCUGGCUGUCUUCUCUCGUCCAGAAGCCUGACUGGCCACUCUGACUACCUCAGCACUCCUCUAAACCUCAGUGUGGGCUACUGCCCCACCUUACACCCCUGACACAGAGCAAAAGAGCAGUGCUCCUGGCCCCUCCAAGGCACAGUGAUACCUGAGCAGAGCCCAGGCCAGGUCUCACCCUUGCGCCUCACCCAUACUGACUCCCUGGCCAGAAACUGACCAGUUGGGCCCUAGAUGUAGACAUUCUUCUAUUACUGUGAAAUUUAUUUAUGAAGGGUUGGCAGGAGGCGGCUCCAGGCCUUGGGAGGUGUGCCUCUUUUCUGUACACUUUCCAUCAGCAGCCAGCUAGCGUCUUUACCAUCCCCCCCUGCCCUCCAUGUCCCCCUCUGAGCCCUCCCCAAUGACACCCCUACUUUUCUGGGGCCUGUCCAGACUAUUUUCUCCUGCGAAAGGAUGCCACCUCCCACUGGGGUCGCCUGGGAAAGGUGGAAGCAUCUUCUCUAUUUUCUCAAUAAAACUGGCCUGGUUGUUGA